AUGACCGAGAACUCCGACAAAGUUCCCAUCACCCUAGUGGGACCUGACGACGUCGAGUUUUGCAGUCCCCCAGCAUACACAACGGUGGCAGUGAAGCCCUCCAGCCCCACGCGCCUCCUCAAGAUCGGAGCAGUGGUCCUCAUAUCAGGGGCGGUGCUUCUGCUCUUUGGGGCCAUCGGGGCCUUCUACUUCUGGAAGGGGAGCGACAAUCACAUUUACAAUGUCCAUUAUACCAUGAGUAUCAAUGGGAAACUGCAAGAUGGGUCAAUGGAAAUAGAUGCUGGGAACAACUUGGAGACCUUUAAAAUGGGAAGUGGAGCUGAAGAAGCAAUUGAAGUUAAUGAUUUCCAGAAUGGCAUCACAGGAAUCCGUUUUGCUGGAGGAGAGAAGUGCUACAUCAAAGCCCAGGUGAAGGCUCGCAUUCCUGAGGUGGGCGCUAUGACCAAACAGAGCAUCUCCUCUGAGCUGGAAGGCAAGAUCAUGCCAGUUAAAUAUGAAGAAAAUUCUCUUAUUUGGGUAGCUGUAGACCAGCCUGUGAAGGAUAACAGCUUCCUGAGCUCCAAAGUCUUGGAACUCUGUGGCGACCUCCCUAUUUUUUGGCUUAAACCAACAUAUCCAAACGACAUUCAGAGAGAAAGAAGAGAAUUGGUAAGAAAAAUUGUUACAAGUACCACAAGAAGACCACAGAAUGGACCAAGGGGCAACCCAGGCCCGGGAAGACCAAGUAAUGAAACCAGGCCCAACGAUCAAGAGGAUUCAGAGCCCUUCAACCCAGACAACCCUUACCACCAGCAGGAAGGGGAAGGCAUGACAUUCGACCCUAGACUGGAUCACGAAGGAAUUUGCUGUAUUGAAUGUAGGCGAAGCUACACCCACUGCCAGAAGAUCUGUGAACCCCUCGGUGGUUAUUAUCCAUGGCCUUACAACUACCAAGGUUGCCGUUCAGCCUGCAGAGUUGUCAUGCCAUGCAGCUGGUGGGUGGCCCGCAUCUUGGGCAUGGUGUGAAGUCACUUUAUAUACCAGGUGCUAGAAACUUAAGAGA